CUGUAUUUUUAAUGUAUCCGGAACACAGUGUUCUGUGAACCGGAAAGUAGAACUCCAAAGUUUUUACAUACCUAAUAAUUAAGUUGGGUAUUGUUACUUUGAACUUUCAAGUUUAUAUAAAAGUACUGUAAGAUUGUUAGUUGUUGCCAAAAAGGACAUAAGUUAUAAUUUAAAAAAAUUUUUAAGAAUUUAUAAUAAAAAAUAUCUAGCAGUGUCGGAUUAUAUACCCAUUUUGUAGAUUUGAAAAAUUAAAGUGCUAGAGCAACAGUUUAUUCAUCUUUGUAAUAAAUUUCGAUAUUUGUUAUCAACUUACGCUAUAGGUCUAAUAAUAAAGAUUAAAAUCCUCUGGACAAGUAAUUAAUAUAAAUUAUUUACAUGUAUGAAGAUUAUAUGUAUUUUCAUUGUGUGUGAAGAUUCUUGCUUAUAAAAUAAAUUGCAUUGUACGUGAAAUGGAUUUAAUUGAUUCUAUUAAAAAGGAUAAAGCAUAUCUCAAAUGUAAAUCAAUAGUAAAAACAUGGGAAAAAGAAUUUAAAAAUAAGCAUUCGAGAAUUCCUUCAAAGUUUGACAUAAAGGAAGCUCCAGCAAGUAUUAAAUAUGCGUACAAAAAGUAUUUCCAGCUUAAAACUGAAGCCCUUGAAAACUCUUUGUCAAUAUGUGAUUUUGAAGAUGAGGUCCUCAAAUCUCCUGAAACCCCCAAUUUAUUAGAAUGGGCUUCUAAAAACACACCUGAAAAGAUUUCCCAAGAAACCUUACCCAAUCUUCCAACUGGUCAAGAAUUAGACACAUUAUUAACAACAGCAAAAAUGAAAGAAAAUAAAACACCAAGCAAUACCUUUACUGAAAACUUAUCAAAAAAGUUAUUUAAAAGCAAAACAUUUUCACUUAGAAAUCCAAGAAAACUCUCACUACCUAAGCACUUAUCACAAUUUAGUCAAGAAAAGAAAAAUGAUAGUAACAUAAUUGAGGACAGCAGUUUUCAUGAUACAUCAAAUGAUCUAUGUGUGGAUGUUAAGUCACAAGAGAUUCAAUCAAAUGAUUCGGGUAAUGAAACUAUUGCUAAUGGGUCCUUAAAUAUUAGUUAUAUAAGUUGUGCAAGCAAUAGGACUACUGAUAGACAAUUAAGUGUAACUAAUUCAUAUAAAGAUACUACACUACGACAAAUAGAUGUAGGUUGGAUUGAAAGAGCUACUGGAAGUAGUAAAGGAAAUAUAAAUUUUUCUACUGAACAUUCUGAAAACUUAGAAACACAUUCAAAUGAGCCUGAAUUUAAGGAAGUUGAACAAACAGGUAGUAAACACAAUGAUAACCACCAGAGGUUUGGAUUGAGUAAUAUUCCUUCAUGCAAAUUGUCUGAUAAUAAGCAGGUUGAUAUUAUUGAAAACAGUGAGUCAGACGAUGAUGACAUUCAGUUGGCUAAGUUAAAGCCAGCACUGAAAAAACGUAAAUUAAAUAUACCGAAUAGGAAUAUGAAUAAUGAUGAAAGGCAUAAAGAAAACACACAGGAGAGUAUAUGUGUUAAUAAUAAAAAUCAAACAGGUAAAAAAAGUAAGAAGUUGAAAAAAGACAAAGUUCCUAAUAAAUUGAACGACUUAUCGAGCAAACCACCGGACUUGGUUGAGUUUUUACCCUUUGGAGUAGAUGAGAAGGUUAAUCCAAGACAUUCUAAUAUUACUGAUAUUUUAAACACAUUAGGAACAGUUCAAAGUAAGGAAGUUUCAGCUGAAGGAACCAAAUUAGAAGGUAUAAUGCAAAAGAAAAUUGAAAGUGGUACUUUGAAUGAAAACUUUGUCAAAAUUAAUAUAGAGAAAAAAGUUUAUGCACGGGGUAAGAAGGGGAUUAAGUAUUCUAAAUACAAAAAACAAUUAUGGAAGGAUAAAAAAGCUCUUCAUGCUGGAAUGGAAUUUCCAGAUUCAGGAAAGAUAUCCUGUUUUAAAUGUGGGUUACAUGGUCAUAUGGCCCGCUACUGCACAGCUCAUAAAGAAAAUAAUUUAUUACCACUUGAAGAUUUUGAUGAAAAUAGCAUACCUACCCUUGAUGAGAUGCAAAAUUUAGUCAAUCAGAAUACAAAGAAUACUUUUGUUGAAGAUGAACUACAAUCAUGUGUCUAUGAAGGAAGCAAAAUACCUGAUACUUUUAUGAAGAUGCUGUCAGAAAAUCCUGGCAAUGACAACACUGUAAAUCCAAUAAAUACAAGUCAUGAAGAGCUUCUUAAUGUAUUACAGAUGUUUGGAUACAACACAUUUAGACCAGGACAGGAUACUACAAUUAAACGUAUACUAUCCGGUUUAUCAACUCUGUUGAUUUUGUCAACUGGUGGUGGAAAAUCUUUGUGUUACCAAAUACCAGCAUAUAUUUAUAGCCAACAUUAUAAGUGUAUAACAUUAGUAAUAUCUCCCCUUGUUUCAUUAAUGGAAGAUCAAGUGCUGAGUAUGCCUGAAUUUUUAAAAGCUGGAUGUUUACAUACUAAUCAACCACCCACCCAGAGAACGAAAAUAAUUGAUUUAGUCAAAGAGGGACAUAUAAACAUAUUACUGAUUUCCCCUGAAGCUCUUAUUUCUGGGGAUAAUUCUAAUGGAUUUGCUGGACUUUUUAAAUCUUUGCCAAGAAUUGCAUUUGCAUGUAUAGACGAGGCACACUGUGUUUCUCAAUGGAGCCAUAAUUUUAGACCAAGUUAUUUAAUGAUCUGCAGAGUUUUGCAGGAAAAAUUAAAAGUGAAGUGCAUACUAGGUUUGACUGCAACGGCUAGUAAGACAACUAUUGGAAGUAUCAUUGACCAUAUCAAGGUCCCGGAUGGAAUGAGUGGUGUUGUGACUAAUCCAUCAUUACCAAAUAAUCUUUAUCUAUCAAUGUCUAUUGAAAAAGAUAAAGAUAAGGCCUUAAUAGCUUUGUUGACUUCUGACAAAAUUUAUUCAUUCUGCUCAAUAAUAGUAUAUUGUAUCAGAAGAAAUGAAUGUGAAAGAGUAGCGGCUAUAAUAAGAUCAUGUUUAUCAGAACCAGGAAAAGUGAACAUGGAAGAGAAAAGUAAAAAGCGGAAAAGAAUGUCUUACAUUGCUGAAACAUACCAUGCUGGCAUGUCGGCAGCUCAGCGUAAAAAAAUUCAAAAACAUUUUAUGGAUGGAACAUUAAAAGUUAUUGUAGCAACUGUGGCCUUCGGUAUGGGUAUAAACAAGUCAGACAUAAGAUGCAUUAUUCAUUACAACAUGCCCCCAAGCUUCGAGUCUUAUGUUCAAGAAGUUGGUAGAGCUGGUAGAGAUGGAAAGCCAGCUUAUUGUCAUCUUUUAAUGAGCAGUGCUGAAAAUGAUAAAAAUGAAUUACUAAAGCACAUUUAUGCUAAUUCUAUAGACAGACCAAUAAUUAGAAAGCUUCUCCAAAAAGUUUUUAUUCCUUGCAAGUGUGCACCACAAUCAAAUGAUAAUAUGCCCUUGUCGAGAUGUAAUGGUCAUGAAGUAGGUAUCCCUAUUGACAGCACAGUUGAAGAACUAGACUUGCCAUCUGAAAACAUAGCUACACUUUUGUGCUAUGUGGAGCUGCAUAAAAAACAUUACAUUAAAGUACUCAACAAUGCUUACACAAUGUGCAAAAUCUCAUCUUAUGGAGGUCCAAACAAAAUUUUAGAAGCUGCAAAGACAUGCCCUCCUCUUGCAAUGGCGUAUUUAAUAGAAGGUAAGAAGAACAAUGAUGUGACAAAGCAGAGCAUAUUAGAAUUCAAUAUUAUAGAAGUUGCAGCUGCAAUUGGUUGGGAAAGUGGAAUGACUAAAUACCAUAUUAAAAAUUUAGAAUGGAUAACAAACAAUGGUGCUGCUAAAAGGUCCAAUUUGAAAGUUGAGCUACAUACACUUGGUUAUAGAAUUAAGGCACCAGGUGAUCUAAGUGCUACAGAGCUGGACAAUGUUCUGGAUGAUUUGCAUAAACUUGUCACAAACCAAGAAAGGAGAGCUUUGUAUCAGCUAGAAGAAAUACACAACACAUUCAAACAGCUUUGUACAUAUUCUUGUGAGAGGAUGAAUUUUACAGAAGAAGUCCUACAAGAAAAAUCAGAUGCACUGAAAAAAGUAAUUGAUAAUUAUUUCGAGCGAACCGAAACCGUUGCUGAAAUGAUGGUAUUGGAGAAAAGACCAAUCAAUGUUGAACAAGUAACAUCAGAUGUUCGCGCAUUAAUUGCAACAUAUAAAGAUUGCAGUUUUACUGGACGUAGUGUUGCAAGAAUAUUUCAAGGAAUUUCAUCUCCAAACUACCCAGCUUUAGUGUGGGGCCGCUGCCGAUACUGGCGCUCCCAUCUGUCAGAAGACUUUAAUGAACUAGUCCAAAUAGCAACUCGUCAAAUAAUUCAAAUGAAAUUGUAAACUUAUAUUUAGUUCUUGUGAAUACAGUAAUAAAAACAGCAGCCAUAA